UAAGAACUAUAAAUGAAUUGAUAAAUUCAAAUCAUUUGCUGACUGUUUGGUCUUCUUGUUCAUGCGUUAUUUAAGUCAGCUCUCUUGUAGCAUCAAGCCUGAUCAUUAAUUUAUGCAAUCAUAGAUUAUUCCUGUUUAUUUAUGGAAACUUCCCGUAAAUUCUAGCUCAAGUUCAAUAUAUCCAAUAAAUCGCUGGAAGGCUUAUGAUGAGAGCUUUCCAAUGAGCUACAUCUCAAUGGUCGAAGAUGGGAGGGGGACGAUAUGAGGGAGUGAAUGUUUAACAGAUAAAUAAACCUCUGGUAUAGGGCAUGCUCCAUAUCAUAUAAAAAUGAGUCAUACAUCUUUGGAAAGCUAAUGAUGAUGUAUUAUUCAUCUUAUUUAUGUAUAUGUUGAAUAUUCACCCCCUCAUAUCUUCCCUCCUCCCCCAACCUUCGACAAUUGAAAUAGCUUAUUAGAAAGUUCUCGUUAUAAGCUUUACCACGAUUUAUGAAUUUAAGCAUUAAAAAAACUUUUUAUGCCCUAUUAUUCAGCUUGCAAUUUUCUUGUAUGUGUAGAGGGUUGGGGAUCUAAAAUCAACCGAUGUAGCGGAAAAGGUGCUACUUUUCAUGUUUUUGUGUUAUUGAACUUUUCCUGUAAAAUAUAUUAUUGUCCGGCAAAUUAAUCAAAUUGAUUUAUGUGUUUGUGUUAAGGCGUUAAAGGAUCCAUGGUAACAGAGGCCUCUAAAAUGACAACUUCUUAAUUGCACUCUUAUUUUAGUAAAACGUAAGUUACACAUAUACACGCGUUUUCAUACAUCACUUUACAAAAAUCGAAUUAACACUCUGGUGUUUCUUCCAAAAUGAAAGAAGCAGCAGGUCCUUCUUGAAUUUCAACACUCACGUAAAUUUUCUCCUUUGUACUUUCAACAAACAGGAAUCAUGACUGAAUUUUUAAACAACGUUUGUAUUGUCGUUAUGAAUUUGGAAUAGCAGUAACAAUAAUAUGUCUGAAUCCGAUGACGAAGUUACUGAAAAAUACAUUAAAAUAGUUUUCGUGGGAGACAGUACUGUAGGGAAGUCUAGUAUCAUAAGAAGGUUUUGUUUUAACGAAUUUUCGAGAAAUUACAAUGGCACGUCGGGUGCUGAUUUUUAUAGAAAGCAUGUUGUGCUGCCUUCCUUACAGAAUACAGUUUUAAAAAUUACUGAUGUAAGUGGUCAAGAAUUAAGUGGUACCAUGUUGGACAAAUAUUUAUUCAAAUGUGAUAUAGUUAUAUUAGUUUACGACAUUACAAAUUCGGCUAGUUUUGAUGUUAUGUCCGAUUGGAUAUCAACUUUGUAUAAGUAUUUAAAAAAGUCACCACCUAUCAGUGCAAUUUUUGGAAAUAAAUGUGAUUUAGAACAUCAAAGGGCAGUGAGAUUAGAUAAAACAAGGGAUUUUGUACAAGAACAUAAAGUCCAAAAUUUCCUUGUUUCUGCAAGAACGGGAGAAAAAGUGUUUUCCAGCAUCUUGGAGCUGGUGUAUAAGCAUUUAGGUUUACCUUUACCUACUGGUGUCUCUCAGCAAUCUUCUUCCCUGAAAAGUCCAAGUGCAGUCGUGUCUCAUUGCCAAAAAGAUAAGAGAAAGAAAUCGCAAUCAUCUUCUGCAAAAACAACCAGACGUUUGCAGUCACCUGUCUGCCUUUUACAAUAACAAACAUAGUAUUAAACAAUCAUUUUUGUAAUUUUUGAAUGCUUGUUUUAUCGUAUUAAUAAAAAAUUUUUUAAAAAGA